CCAUAGAGUGAGACUGUCAGCAACCGAAGUGAGGAUGGCUUCUCCAAUUGUACAGUAUAUUGUGCUAAGAAAAGACUUAGUAGACAAAUUAAAAUGGCCAAUAGGUGCGCUGAUCGCGCAAGCAUGUCAUGCAUGUACUGCUGUAAUGCAUAACUUCCGGGAAGAGACAACAACCCAACAAUAUCUGGCCGACAUUGAAAGGAUGCAUAAAGUUGUUUUAGAGGCUAACAAUGAAGAAAGUUUGAUGGCAUUAGCAGAAAAGCUGAAAGCUGAGAAUGUUGAUCAUAAACUGUGGAUAGAACAACCAGAGGAUAUUCCUACAUGUAUAGCAACAAGACCUUAUCAAAAAGACCUCAUACAAAGUCACUUUAAAAAAUUUAAACUGAUGAAAUAAAAGUGUAAAAGUU